AUGGAAGGCCCAGGCAGUGAAUACACUCCCAAGUUUGCACCCUUCUUUGGCAUGGCUGGAAUUGCAUCCGCUAUGAUAUUUGGCUGUGUAGGAGCAGCAUAUGGCACCGCCAAAUCUGGAAUUGGAAUUGCUGGCGUUGGAACAUAUCGACCUGAUUUGAUUAUGAAGUCCCUCAUUCCGGUAGUCAUGUCCGGUAUUAUUGCCGUCUACGCCCUUGUUAUCGCCGUAUUGAUUGCUGGAGACAUGGGGCCGCCACCACAACAAAAUUAUAGCUUGUUCACAGGUUUCAUGCACUUGGCCAGUGGCUUGAGUGUAGGACUGGCUGGUCUUGCCGCGGGUUACGCCAUUGGGAUUGUUGGAGAUAUGGGCGUGCGAUGCUACAUGCAACAAUCCAGGAUAUUCGUUGGCAUGGUCCUGAUCUUGAUUUUUGGCGAGGUUCUGGGUCUAUAUGGUUUGAUUGUGGGCUUGAUUCUGCAUUCGAAGAGUUGA